AUGAAUAACUUUGAUUGUUCAAUGGAAGUUAAACAGCAAUCACUUUCAUUGCCAUCAUCAUCAUCAUCACCAUCAUUUAUUCCUAACGUAUUGAACACUAAUGAUUCGAUAAUGACUAUAGUACCAUUUGCUCCAUGUCAUCAUCAAUCAAAUAUUAAUGCUGAAUCUGAAGAUCUAUUCGAGAUAGCACGACAAAAGAAAUUCAAUUUAACUAUUCCAUCAGAACAUGAAGAACCGAGGAGGAAACUUCAAUUGAAGAGAAAAGCUUUCGCUAUUGUUUGUCGAUCGAAUAUGACAAGCCAAUAUAUAGAAUUUGGAGAAUUUCGAUCGUUGGCAUUACGUGCUGGCGGAAAAUGGUCUAAAAAAUUUCGAGAUGAACAGAAACAAAUGAGAGAAAUCAAAGCAUAUAUUGAAAAUGCCAUGCAACUUGCUAAUACACAAAUAUCAUUUGAAUCACAAUAUGGAAAAAAUGCGUAAGCAUCAAUACAUUUCUGAUUUUCGAAAUAUCAAAAAAAUCAACUUGAAACUUUAUCUUCUAUUUCCAGGCUUCUAAACACAUUACAAUCGCUUUAUUUUCUGAUACAACGAAAUAUCACACAAUAUUAAAACAAACAUCAUUCUUUUUCGUUUCAUUUUUUGUUACAUGCUUCCUCGAUGGUAUUUGGUGCAAUAAUUUAAAUCAUCCAUCACUAUCAUCUCAUUCAUGUAGUUGUCGUAGUAGUAUCAGCCGUAGAUAGUAGAUAUUGUAUUUUUACUGUUAUUAUAUAAAAUAUAUUCGUGUGUGAAUAGUUUCUCUGUUAUCUUCGCUAUAUAUAUAUAUAUAUAUGUAUGUAUAUUAUUCUAUUUUAGAUUUGUAAUAUUUUCUUGAAAUUCGCUGAGUACAUUGCAUUUAUUAAACAACUGAUCAAUUGAACCAUGCAUUCAUCCGCAGGUAAAAAUAACAGCUAUUUGAAGAUCGAAACUAUAGUCGUAGAAUAUACAUUCAGUCCUUUUGUCAAUUUCAUGAUAAUCACUAAGAGC